AAAGUAAAUGGAGUCUUCCAUCUAUUUUACACAUCUCUUGAAUCCUUUCAUCGCUGACGUGUACCCCUUUAAAAAAAACUAAAGGAAAAAAUUCGUGACUAUUUUCAUAUGCAUGUGACUACUAGAGCUAAAGACCAUGAAAAAAAAAGGCAAAAAGUAAACAAAAAAGGACGCAAAAAACAGAAAAAGACGAGCGACAACGAUGCGAAACCUUAUUUACCAUCAGAACCUACAAUUCUGCUCAUGCGAAUAGCUCAUUAGCUUAUAUAUAACUCUCAUCAUGUUCUUGCAGAAAUGAGUUUGUCAGAACAUUGCGCAUUAAAGAUCAAUUUUCUAUUUUUCUCAUUCAACUUGACGCCCGAUGUUGAUUCGCGCAUCCUUUUAACAGCCACUCAUGAUAGAAAGCAAGAGUUUUUAGGGCCAAACGGCAAGGGCUUUAAGCCCAACUUUGUCUCGCCAACUGUGAAGUUUGGAGGUGGCUCCAUUAUGGUCUGGGGGUGCUUCUAUGGAAAGGCUGUCGGAGUUUUAGACGUUGUGCCUGGAAAUAUCGAUUCCAAGAAUAGUUUGGGAGCUAUAUAUUUUGGAGAACAAUCGGGAUCUUAA